AUGCGCAAGACACUUCUCCUGGUGUUUAUCCACGGCUUCAAGGGAGGCGAUGAUACAUUUGCCGCUUUCCCUGAGAAACUGCGCGCUGUAGUGGGCAAGGCGCUCCCCGCAGUUACCGUUACAACCGCGGUGUACCCCAAAUAUGAGACCAAAGGAGAUUUGAAGGAAUGCGUGGGAAGAUUCCGCGACUGGCUACAAAAUACGGUCAUCGAUCUCGAGGUUGCGAAUCAUACUGCCUCGCCCACAGUCGACCCCUCCGUCCAUGUCUUCCUGGUAGGGCACUCCAUGGGCGGCAUUGUUGCUGCAGAGACACUUCUGUUACUCGCAAGUGAGCAGCCCAUUCCCGUGAAUCCGACAUCGAAGUCCCAAUCGGCGUCUCGAACCGGGGAUGAUGCCCCGGUCGUAGAACCAGGUACCUUCAUGUUCCCUCACAUCCAAGGCGUACUCGCCUUUGACACCCCAUUCCUUGGUAUCGCACCUGGUGUUGUCUCAUACGGAGCCGAGGGACACUAUCGCAAUGCUACCACCGCUUACAACACCUUUACGGAGGUUGCGGGAAUCUUCGGCUAUGGAAAGAGCACACCUGGCCAGGCUGCUGCUGCUACCACUGUGAAAGAAGCCCCCAAACCGCUGCCUCCAAGUGCCGAUGCUGCAGCGACGCCAUCCUGGCAGCGCUGGGGUCGAUAUGCCAUGUUUGCGGGAGCCGCCGGAGCCGUUGCUGCUGGCGGUGCCGCGGCCCUGUAUUCUCAGCGGCAGAACUUGACAGAGGGCUUUACCUGGGUCUCGUCCCAUCUUGAAUUCGUUGGGUGUCUCGCACGAACAUCCGAACUGAAGCAGCGUCUCGAAGGAUUGGUCAAGGUCCAGGAGGAUCGGGGCAUCGAAUGCGUCAACUUCUACACCUGCCUUGGACAGGGCGCGGGGAAUCUCGUAGCGGAAACGGCUACUGGCAAAACAUCCUUCAGCCAGAAGAUCAUUCGGUCAAAGAACAGGACAUUCUGCAUGCUUCCAUCCGAAGUGGAAAAUGACGAGGAAGCGGCAUCUUCAUCUCGAGCUGGGCUUCAAUGGAAACCAGCUGUUAACAACAAGGCCACUGACGAGGUUCAGGCGCACGUCAGCAUGUUCUUGCCCAAAGACAACCCGGCAUUCCUCGACCUUGUCGGCGAAACUUGCAAGACUUUGAUGAUUUCGAUCGACAAAGGCUGGUACAACAGUUCAACCGGACCAACGGAAGACGAAGACGACUUCAUGGACGCGGACGACGUCGUGGUCGUGGAAUGA